AUGGAUAUUCCAAAGGUUCAGAAGGCCGCCGUCAAACAAGGCUCAGGCGACACCGCCACCGUCGUCGUCCAAGAGGUUCCGCUGCAGCAUCCCGAACCUGACCAGAUCUUGGUAAAGAUCCACUACUCUGGCCUGUGCGCCUCGGACAAGUCCCUCCUCCGUGACGAAUGGUCGUUUGGCAUGCAAGCUGCUACACAUGGUAUCGCUGGUCACGAAGGUGCCGGCGUAGUCGUCGCUGUCGGGACUAAUAUGCAGGACCGCUGGCAGGUAGGCAACCGUGCCGGCAUCAAGUGGAUUGCAAGUGUAUGCGGACGUUGCGAGUUCUGCACCAAUGGCGUCGACGAAUGUCAUUGUCCAAAGCAAUUGAACUCCGGCUUCACCGUCGCAGGAACCUUCCAGGAGUAUGCACUCACGGAUGGAAGAUAUGCGACCAGAAUCCCGGAUGGAGUCAAGGAUGAGGAGGCAGGGCCAAUCAUGUGUGGCGGACUAACCGCAUAUGUGGCCUGUAAGAGGAGUGGGGUCAGGCCUGGCGGGUGGAUCGUUAUUCCUGGGGCUGGUGGAGGUCUCGGUCAUUUCGGUGUUCAGUACGCAAGAGCAAUGGGUAUGCGUGUUAUUGCCAUUGACGGCGGUGAGUCCAAGCGCCAGCUUUGUCUGAAACUUGGUGCCGAAGUCUUCAUCGACUUCACGACUGCGGCUGAUGUCCCGGCUGAGGUCACGAAGAUCACAUCAUACGGUGCUCACGGCGUGAUCGUCUUCUCUGCAACUAAGGCUGGCUAUGAACAAGCCCCUCUUCUUUUACGUCCUGGAGGCACGAUGGUAUGCGUAGGACUACCUUCAGAUUCGACAGUCAUUGCUGGCGCGCAUCCCAUCACAAUGUGCAUGAAGAAACUGAACGUGGUAGGGAGUGUCGUAGGAACACUGAAGGAAUGUGAUGAAGCUUUGGACUUUACUGCAAGGGGCCUUGUGCGUCCAAUCCUGACGCACGGUGGGCUAGGAGAUAUCAACCGGUUUUGUGAUGAGAUGAAGGCCGGCAAGCUCGUGGGACGUGCGGUCAUUAAAAUUGCUCCAUAG